UCCAACUAUGCAUUUUGGUCGACAAUGCAACAUCUCCAUUUGCAAAUACUUGACUUUUGCUCACAACACCACUUUUCUACACUUUUCCGAAAGCGAAAUGCAUCCAAUGGGAGGGUGUGAGGUGAUGCAGAGAUCUCACAUAUAAGGGCGAGGUUCUGCGAUAUGAAUCCUGCCGUGUUUCUAUUCUUCACUUACCACUCGGUCUCUCGAUUUCCACUUCAAGUCUCUUACUCGGAGCUCCAUCUUGAUAUAAUCUGCUCUUAAUAUUCCGUCUUUCUGUUCCGAGUUACUCCUUCAACAUUCCUUUACAUUAGAACCUAAAAUAAAUAAUCCCAAAUUCCAAAAAAUGAAUCUACCGUCUAUCCUCCUCGCAGCACUCCUAAGCAGCUCCUUAACCACCGCCCUCAAUCUUCGCAAACGUUACGACGAGGCCCCCUUCAAGCCAACAAAGUGUGCCGUAAAGGCCAAAGUGACCCAGACCGCCGCCUGCCCCAUUUCGGGCCUCCCAGAUAGCACAGGCGGAAUCACCCUCACAAUAGCCCCAGAGCCAACUUCGUGGAGCAAACCUUCGCCUUCCUCUCUUUUCCAAGUUGUCUUGCAAAACAACACCGAAGUGCGGGCUAGCGUUGAUGAUGGUAUCGACGUCUAUGACAUUGACAUCGACAGCAGCGCCGCUACGUUCGCAUCCCUGAUUGGGGCAGGAAAGUAUGUAGUCUGCUACUUCUCAGCCGGAACUAUGGAAACCUGGCGCUCAGAUUUCGGCUGCUUCAACCACAAUCUCGGGGCCCAGGAUCUAGGCUGUGACGUAGGAGGACCAUGGGCCAACGAAUUCUGGGUCAACACCUCAAGCACCGAGGUACGAAAGAUAAUGCAAGCACGGAUCCAGCGAGCGGCAGACCUAGGAUGCAGCGCCAUCGACCCAGACAAUAUGGACGGCUAUGGCAACCAGAAUGGUAUUGGCGCCACCGAGGAAGAUUCCAUAUCGUAUGUGAAAUUCCUGUCCCGGGAAGCGCGAUCCAGAGGAAUGGGUAUCUCGCUCAAGAACGCGCUUGAGAUCCUCCCAAAUGUCACCUCCGAUGUGGAUUUCGGUGUCAACGAGCAGUGCAACGAGUACGAUGAGUGUGACUCUUACACGCCGUUCUGGGCCCUGCCUACUCCGUUGCCGGUGUUCAAUAUUGAGUACCCGCCGCAUAAUAAGGAUAAUUGGACGGAGAAGUAUGCGGAGAAGUCGUGUGAUGAGUCGCUUGAUUGGGGUUAUCCUUAUAUGUUUACGGAUUUGAAGAAUUAUCCUACGGUGACUUGUGCUGUUUCUAGAUGCACUGAGGAUGGGCCUUCACCUGCGGUGCCGAAUGGGGGGUUAGUCAUUCCUUCGGGGUGUGUGGAUGGGAUGCAGUAUAACUGAAGGAUUUCUUUGGAUGGUGGAUU